AUGUCGACUGGGUAUAGUUUUGAGACUCGGUUUGAGAAAAUGGACAACCUGCUGUGGAACCCGAAGUCGGAAGUGAAUUCGGAUUGUUUGCUAGACGGAUUGGAUGCUUUGGUAUGUGAUCUGGAUUUUCCAGCACUAAGGAAAAACAAAAAUAUUGACAACUUUUUAAGCAAAUAUAAAGACACAAUAAGUAAAAUUAGAGAUUUGCGUAUGAAAGUUGAAGAUUAUGAAGUAGUAAAACUGAUUGGUAGAGGAGCAUUUGGAGAAAUACAAUUGGUGAGACAUAAAUCCACCAAGAAGGUGUAUGCUAUGAAGGUGCUCAGUAAAUUCAGGAUGAUUAAGAGAUCGGAUUCUGCUUUUUUCUGGGAAGAACGAGACAUUAUGGCUUUUGCUAACAGCCCCUGGGUGGUUCAAUUAUAUUAUGCAUUCCAAGAUGAUAGAUAUCUCUAUAUGGUAAUGGAAUAUAUGCCUGGUGGAGAUCUUGUUAAUUUAAUGAACAACUAUUAUGUGCCUGAAAAAUGGGCCCGCUUUUAUACUGCAGAAUUAAUUCUUGCUUUGGAUGCAAUUCAUUCUAUGGGCUUUAUUCAUAGAGAUGUGAAGCCUGAGAACAUGCUCCUGGAUAAAUCUGGUCACUUGAAGCUAGCUGAUUUUGGUACUUGUAUGAAGAUGGAUGAGGAAGGCAUGGUACGAUGUGAUAAAGCAGUUGGAACACCUGAUUAUAUUUCUCCAGAAGUAUUACAGUCCCAAUGUGGUCAUGCCUAUUAUGGGCGAGAAUGUGACUGGUGGUCAGUUGGAGUAUUUUUAUAUGAAAUGCUUGUAGGUUAUGCACCUUUUUAUGCAGAUUCACUGGUUGGGAUAUAUAAGAAGAUUAUGAAACAUAAAAAUUCUCUUACCUUCCCUGUUAAUUAUGACAUUUCAAAAGAAGCGAAAAAUCUUAUUCGUGCCCUCCUUACCGAUAGGAAAGUGAGAUUAGGACGAAAUGGUGUGGAAGAAAUCAAAGGACAUCUCUUCUUCAAAGAUGAUCAGUGGGCUUGGGAAACUCUUCGAGAUACUGUUGCACCUGUUGUACCUGAUCUCAGUAGUGACAUUGAUACUAAUAAUUUUGAUGACUUAGAACAACACAAUAGAGAUGAAGAAACAUUCCCUAUUCCACAAGCUUUCGUUGGCAAUCAACUACCUUUUGUAGGAUUUACAUAUAGCAAUCAUAGAUAUUUAUCAGUAUCUUCAGUAAAUCCUAAUGAUGAUAGAACUGCUGCCAAUGAAGAUAAAAGCUUGGAAAGUUUGCAAAACAUAAUCUAUAAGCUGGAAGGACAACUGCAUAAUGAAAAACAGUUAAAAGAUGAAAUGGAGCAAAAAUUCAGAACUUCAAAAACAAAGCUAGAUAAGACAAUGAAAGAACUGGAUGAAGAGAGAAAUCAAAGAAAAAAUUUAGAAUCCACAGUAUCUCAAAUUAAGAAAGAGAAAAUGUUGCUGCAACACAGAGUUAAUGAGUACCAAAGAAAAAUAGAACAGGAGAAUGAGAAAAGACGAAAUGUUGAAAAUGAGGUUUCUACAUUAAAAGAUCAACUGGAUGGCUUGAAGAAAAUUCGUUGGAAUUUUCAGCUUACAAAUGAGAAAAUGGCACAGUUACAGAAACAACUAGAAGAUGCCAAUGACUUACUGAAAACAAAAUCGGACACAGCAGUAAGACUAAGGAAUAACCACACAGAACUGAGCAAAUCAGUAAGUCAGUUAGAGUCCCUGAACAGAGAAUUGCAGAAGCGAAACCGAAUUUUAGAGACAACCAAGUUACAAGUGGACCAGGAUUAUUACCAGCUACAGGCUACCUUAGAAGCUGAACGAAGAGACCGAAGUCAUGGAUCCGAGAUGAUUGGAGAUCUCCAAGCUCGAAUUACUUCUCUGCAGGAAGAAGUGAAAUACCUCAACCAUAACCUUGAACGAGUGGAGGGGGAAAGGAAAGUGGCUCAAGCUAUGCUUAAUCAUUCAGAAAAGGAAAAGAAUAAUUUGGAAAUAGAUUUAAACUACAAGCUAAAAUCAUUACAACAAAGGUUAGAACAAGAAGUAAAUGAGCAUAAAGUAACUAAAGCCUGUUUAACUGACAAAUAUCAGUCUACUAAAGAGGCAAGAUCAGUUGCAAUAUGGGAAAUGAAAAAGAAACUGAAGGAAGAGAGGGCAGCACGAGAGAAAGCUGAAAAUAGAGGAGUUCAAGUUGAAAAGCAAUGUUCCAUGCUAGAUGUCGACUUGAAACAGUCACAGCAAGAACUGGAACAUUUGACUGAACACAAAGAAAGGAUAGAGGAUAAAGUUAAGAAUUUAACACUGCAGCUAGAGCAAGAAUCAAAUAAGCGGUUACUGAUACAGAAUGAAUUGAAAACUCAGGCUUUUGAGAAGAACAAUCUGAAAAUGUUAGAAAAGCAAAUGAAACAAGAGAUCAACAUGUUGUUGGAAGCAAAGAGAUCAUUGGAAUUUGAACUAGUUCAACUCACAAAACAAUAUCAUGGAAAUGAAGGACAGAUGCAGGAACUACAGGAUCAACUUGAAGCUGAACAAUACUUUUCAACAUUUUAUAAAACUCAGGUAAAGAAACUUAAAGAAGACAUUGAAGAAAAAAAUCAAGAAAAUCUAAAGAAAAUACAGGAACUGCAAAAUGAAAAAAAAACACUUACUGCACAGUUAAACCUUGCAGAAACAAAAGCUGAAUCAGAAAAAUUGGCUCAAUGCCUUCUGGAAGAACAAUAUUUUGAAUUGAUGCAAGAGUGUAAGAAAGCAGCUUCACAAAAUAAACAAGAAAUUACAGAUAAAGAUCAUACCAUUGGUUGGUUAGAAGAAAUUAAAACCACAUUAACCAAAGAUAUUGAAAUACUAAAAAAAGAAAAUAAAGAGUUGGGUGACAAAAUGAGGAAGGAACAAGAAGAUUAUAAAUUGAAGAAAGAAGAAGAGAUGAAUAAUAUAAAAACUUCUUUUGAAAAUAAUAUUAAUACUGAAAGAAUCCUAAAAACACAGGCUAUUAACAAGUUGGUGGAAAUAAUGAAUCACAAAGAUUUAAAAAUUGAUAGAAAGAAAGCUAAAACACAAGAUUUAAGAAAGAAGGAAAAGGAAAACAGAAAGCUAAAACUGGAACUCACCCAAGAAAGAGAGAAAUUCAUUGAGACAGUAGUGAAACACCAGAAGGAACUCAACGAAAUGCAAGUGCGAUUGGUUGAAGAAUGCAAAUACAGGAAUGAACUUCAGAUGCAGCUGGCUAGUAAAGAGAAUGACACAGAGCAGUUGGGUGCAAAACUUUCGGACCUUUCAGAUUCUACCAGUGUUCAUAGCUUUCCUAGAGCUGAUGAAACUAAUGGAAACCUUCCAGAAUCAACUGAAGGCUGGUUAUCAGUCCCAAACAGAGGAGAUAUAAAACGAUAUGGCUGGAAGAAACAGUAUGUUGUUGCGAGCAGCAAAAAAAUUUUGUUCUAUAAUGAUGAACAGGAUAAGGAACAGUCAAAUCCAUCUAUGGUACUGGACAUAGACAAAUUAUUCCAUGUUCGACCUGUAACCCAAGGUGAUGUGAAUAAAAUAGAAACUGAAGAAAUCUCAAAGAUAUUCCAGAUCCUAUAUGCAAAUGAAGGUGAAUGUAGAAAAGAUUUGGAGAUGGAACCAGUACAAGAAGCUGAGAAGACUAAUUUUCAGAAUCACAAAGGCCAUGAAUUUAUUCCUAGACUCUAUCACUUUCCAGCCAACUGUGAUGCUUGUACCAAACCUCUCUGGCAUGUUUUUAAGCCACUCCCUGCCCUUGAAUGUCGAAAAUGUCAUGUCAAAUGCCACAAAGAUCACUUAGACAAAAAAGACUUCAUUUCUCCUUGCGAAGUGAGUUAUGAUGUAACAUCAGCAAGAGAUAUGUUGCUGUUAGCUUGUUCUCAGGAUGAACAGAAGAAGUGGGUGACCCAUUUAAUAAAGAAGAUCUCGAAGAAUCCACCCUCCAGUUUUGUUCAUGCAUCCCCUGGAACACUUUCUACCAAAUCUAGUGCAAAUAAGUUUUUCCAAAAAGUUAUCAAAAAUACAUCUGGAAAAACUAGCUAA